AUGAACUCUAGAGGACUUGGUGUUACCAAGAAUCGUGACCUAUUUCAAAGUGAUGAGGAAACUGGGUAUCUGCAGGUUGAUUUGAAUCAAGAGCAGGAGUACGGCAACAAUCAUCAUAACGAUUAUCAAUUAUCUCCUCCAGACUACGUUUAUCCAUUUGUCUCCCAACCCAAGUCAUACAAUAAACUUACCACCACAAUGAGCAAUGAUAAAUAUUCUGCGGCAAACAAGUAUAAUGACCAUUAUCAUCUUUACCAAUCAUCUCAAGAUGAGAGAAGUAGUAGCAAUGAAGACGAGGAUAGAGAUUAUGGGGAUUCAGAUACCAUUUUUGCUUCGGAAAUGGUGAGCAAUCUAUCAAACACUAAGGUCAAAUCAACAUUUUUACAGGAUAUCGUCUCCAAUAUCACCACAAAUUUGGAAUCCAGUGUUCUGGGUGAUCAACUUAAUCAAUUUUUUAACAUAUUAUCUAGCCAAAAUGAAAGCUAUGGACCUGACCAGUUGAAAGAAGCAGAGGUUUUGCAGAUAUUAAAUAACAAAGAGAAGUUAUGGCUUUCAAAGUUACAACAUAACAUAUCAACGCAUAAUAAAACUAUGAUUAAUGGUAAAGACCCUUCCAAUGUUAGAACUGAUAUUCUAAAUAACUUGAAUGAUUUAUUGCAAAUAUUUCAGCUUUUCCGUGUUUACUAUAGUAACAAAUUUCAUAAAACAAAGACAAUUCUACGAAGUUUUGACAGCUGGAAAUCCAAAAGAGAGGAAAUUGGCGAAAAAAUCCAAGAAAUUGAUAGGAACAUUAACUAUAGUGACAAACUUGAGCUAUUGGAAAAUGAACAUAACACGAUUAGCAGUGAAAUAGAAUCAUUAGAGAAUAAACUAGCAGUGCUAAAAAAUAAGAGACGAAUCCUACGAGAAGAGAUCGAUACAAGCAAUAGUGUUAUAGAAAGUGAAAAAUCGACAUAUAAACAUUCACUUAAGACAAUAGAGAGAGCCGAAAGGCAAGCCAUUGAUAGGCUCAUUAAGGAUCAUUUCGUUACAUUUGAUAGCACCAAUAAUGCUCCAUCUCAUGAACCGGCAUUGUCUGAAAGAAAUAUCGUUGAUAACUUGAAGCUUGCCUUUAGAAAGAUUUCCUCUAUCCCACAAGAAGCCAUAGAUAGUGCCUCAUUUUUGGAAGCUAUAAGAAUAGAAGGCAAAAAAUCGAAAAAUUCAAAGAAUUACUAUGGCCGAUGCGUACAAGAUUUUGAGAAGUUAGUAAAGUUGUGGACCGAUGUUUAUGAGUUCCUUGCAUCCAAAGAGCGGGCACUUCUUAAUAUUAUUGGUACUAAAUCAUCAACAACUAAGGGCAAUGAAAUAAUAAAGAUGAAGCUUCAAAGUAUUCUAGAAGAAAGUGCAUCGUUAUUGAUGGACAAGAUAAAUUCUGUCGAAAGACAGACUGAGACUGUUUCGGAAAUAUUUCAAAAGGUUUUAUUAAAUGAGCUUGAAGCAAUUUCAAACAGUUUAAAGCUUCUCGAUCCAAAUCAUAAAUCGUUACAGAAAAUAAGUAGAUAUAUCGAGGAUGAUGGUAUGGACACUGAAGUUCACGCAGACUUCAACAAUGAUGUUGCUGACGGUAUGGUUUCUUUGAAUAUAAAUGAUAAUAGUAUUUCGUAUAAGAAGCCCAUUGGUGUUGAGCGUCCUGUUACACCUGUCCUACCCCUAAAAUCUUCAUCCAGUUCUCCGCCUACUACAAGUUUUGUAACAACAUUUGCCUCAGGGCUAGGGAAAGGAACCAAUGGCACCAACUUUGGAUCAAGCUUUUCAUCAAAAUAUAAAGGUAAUAACUACAGUAAGCUAGUGAAAGAAGAUUGA